CAGACCUAGCUCAAAUUCUCAGGGGAGCAGGCGGCGAAAGGCAGGAGGAACGAAACUCCGGAACCGGUGCAGGAGCUGUGGGCCCGGUAGGAAAGGGAAAAUCCUUUUGCCACUUCCAGAAAUGACUUCCUUAAGUGGGAAAGUGCAAACCGUUUUGGGUCUUGUAGAACCAAGCAAACUGGGACGCACCUUGACCCAUGAGCAUUUAACAAUGACCUUUGACAAUUUUUACUACCCACCUCCUCCAUGCCAUGAAGCUACCUCCAAGGAACCUAUCAUGCUGAAAAAUCUAUUCUGGAUUCAGAAAAAUCCUUAUUCCCAUCAGGAGAACCUUCAGUUGAAUCAGGAGACAGAAGCCAUAAAGGAAGAACUGUUAUACUUCAAGGCUAAGGGUGGAGGUGCUAUGGUGGAAAACACCACCACUGGGCUCAGCAGGGACGUGCAAACACUCAAGUGGCUAGCAGAGCAAACUGGGGUCCACAUCAUAGCGGGAGCUGGCUUUUAUGUUGAUGCAACCCACUCAGCAGCAACCAGGGCCAUGUCAGUGGAGCAGCUUACAGAUGUCCUUAUUAGUGAAAUUCUCCGUGGAGCUGAUGGAACCAGUAUCAAGUGUGGAGUUAUUGGAGAAAUUGGCUGCUCCUGGCCUUUGACUGACAGUGAGAGAAAGGUGCUUCAGGCUACAGCUCAUGCCCAGGCUCAGCUUGGCUGUCCUGUCAUCAUCCAUCCUGGAAGAAGCCCAGCUGCACCGUUUCAGAUCAUCCGUAUAUUGCAAGAAGCAGGUGCAGACAUCUCUAAAACAGUUAUGUCCCACCUUGACAGGUCUAUAUUUCAUAAGAAACAGCUGCUGGAGUUUGCUCAACUUGGCUGCUACUUGGAGUAUGAUCUCUUUGGUACGGAGCUCCUUAAUUACCAGUUCAGCCCAGAUAUCGAUAUGCCUGAUGAUAACAAAAGAAUUAGAAGGGUCCGUUUCCUGGUGGAUGAGGGCUAUGAAGAUCGGAUUCUCGUGGCACACGACAUACACACGAAACACCGACUGAUGAAGUAUGGAGGCCAUGGCUACUCACAUAUUCUCACCAACAUUGUUCCUAAGAUGCUCCUCAGAGGAAUAACUGAGAGGGCAGUUGAUAAGAUCCUCAUAGAAAACCCUAGACAAUGGCUGACUUUUAAAUAGAAUGACUGUUUAUGAACACAGACCUAGAGUGCAGAGAAUAUUAGGUGAUUUCCAAUCUACUAUGACACGUUAAUCCAAGCUAUACAGGACCAAUGACUGAUCACUUCCCUCCUAUGAGAAACUCGAUAACUAUCACAGGGAAGUCUCUGGUGGGGGCUACUGGGUUUAAGUGAGUCCUAUUGUCUUACCUUAAUAAAACAAAUACAAAAGAGUGUGUUUCCAAACAAUAAUUUAGAGAUAUAUCUCCCAAGAGGCAUUUUGAAUCUUUUUCCCCCUGACUCUAUCAUCUAUAUUACUUGAGAAAAAUUAUAGUGUUUCUAGUUAAGUUGCCCCCUCCUGGAGCAAUCUAAUGUUUCUUGUAAUAUUGAUGAUCCUACUAAUUAUCCUGCUGUUCUUUAAUUAAUGCUUAAUGAAUAAUAUGGCAUUUUCAAAUCACUUUUGCAACAAGGGAAGUUAAAUUUUGAGACUUUUUUCCAAAGGAAACUGCAAUAAAAUUACCAGUUCACAACAAUAAAAAUAUUUUGGAAGGUUAACUGUGUCUUGCACCUAUGUAAACUUAUAAUAAAUCAUUAUCACUGA